CUACGAUCUCCUCGGUACAUGUCACCCUUCCCCUGCAACAUACACCGGCCUUCUUUCUGUGUGGGACCUUCGCCUCUGGUAGAUGCAGGUCGGCGCGCCAGUGGCUGCUGAUACUUCUUCCUUCGGAGGUUGAGUGUCUCUGAUUGCAUCUGUUAGCUCAACCAUGGCCGGCGCCCGGCCACUGUCCACCCGUUGGACCCUACUGCUGUCGUUGGUCGUCCUACUUGGAUGCCUCGUCAUCCCCGGAGUCACCGUGAAACACGAGAACUUCAAGACAUGCUCCCAAUCCGGCUUCUGUAAGCGGAACAGAGCGCUCGCGGACGAUGUAUCCGCCAAGGGGCCAUCUUGGACCUCCCCAUACCAACUCGACCCUUCGUCGAUCGAAUUCAAGGACGGCCAAUUGCGCGGAACUAUUCUCAAGGCGGUCUCGGCCGAUGAGCAGGUCAAGCUGCCGGUUGUCGUCUCCUUCCUCGAGUCCGGCGUCGCACGAGUCGUUGUCGACGAGGAGAAGCGGGUGAACGGUGAUAUUGAGCUGCGGCACAACAGCCAGGCACGCAAGGAACGCUACAAUGACUUGGAGAAAUGGGUCUUGGUUGGUGGCUUGGAGCUGAGCAAGUCUGCGACCUUGAGGCCGGAAACCGAGGAGGGCUUCACGAGGGUCUUGUACGGUCCGGACAACAAGUUCGAGGCGGUGAUCCGCCACUCGCCAUUCAGCGCAGACUUCAAGAGGGACGGACAGACGCACGUUCAAUUCAACCACCAGGGCUACCUGAACAUGGAACACUGGCGUCAAAAGGUGGAGCGUGAAGGUGAUAGCGAGGAGCAAUCCCAGGAAGAUGAAGCCCGUUGGUGGGAUGAGAGCUUUGGCGGAAACACGGACUCGAAGCCUAGGGGUCCCGAAAGUGUCGGAUUGGACAUCACCUUUCCUGGCUACAGCCAUGUUUUCGGUAUUCCAGAGCAUGCCGACUCCCUCAACUUGAAGGAGACCAGGGGUGGAGAGGGCAACCAUAACGAGCCUUAUCGCCUGUACAAUGCCGACGUGUUCGAGUAUGAGCUUAACAGCCCGAUGACCUUGUACGGCGCUAUCCCGUUCAUGCAGGCCCACCGCAAAGACUCUACUGUGGGUGUCUUCUGGCUCAAUGCCGCUGAAACCUGGAUCGAUAUUGUUAAGCAGACUUCUUCUGCCAAUCCUCUGGCUCUCGGCGUGGGCUCCCAAACCGACACCCAAAGUCACUGGUUUUCCGAGUCUGGCCAGCUUGACGUGUUUGUGUUCCUCGGUCCUUCCCCCCAGGAGAUCAGCAAGACCUAUGGCGAGCUCACCGGCUACACCCAGCUUCCUCAACAGUUUGCCAUCGCCUACCACCAGUGCCGCUGGAACUACGUCACGGAUGAGGAUGUCAAAGAAGUUGAUCGCAACUUUGACAAGUACCAGAUUCCGUAUGACAUCAUCUGGCUCGACAUUGAGUACACGGACGACCGCAAGUAUUUCACCUGGGAUCCUCUGACCUUCCCGGACCCGAUCAGUAUGGAGCAGCAGCUUGACGAAUCCGAGCGCAAGCUUGUCGUUAUCAUUGACCCCCACAUCAAGAACCAGGACAAGUACAGCAUCUCCGCAGAGAUGACGAGCAAGGAUCUGGCGACUAAGAACAAGGACGGCGAAAUCUACGAUGGUUGGUGCUGGCCUGGCUCGUCCCACUGGAUCGACUGCUUCAACCCGGAAGCUAUCAAGUGGUGGGUCGGCCUGUUCAAGUAUGACAAGUUCAAGGGAACCCUCGCCAAUGUCUUCAUUUGGAACGACAUGAACGAGCCCUCUGUUUUCAACGGCCCCGAAACCACGAUGCCCAAGGAUAACCUGCACCAUGGCAACUGGGAGCACCGUGACAUCCACAAUGUGCACGGAAUGACCCUGGUCAAUGCUACCUACGAUGCACUCCUGGAGCGCAAGAAGGGUGAGCUCCGUCGGCCCUUCAUCUUGACGCGGUCUUACUACUCCGGGGCUCAACGGAUGUCUGCCAUGUGGACGGGAGAUAACCAGGCCACGUGGGAGCAUCUGGGCGCUUCCCUCCCCAUGGUUCUCAACAACGGCAUUUCGGGAUUCCCGUUUGCCGGUGCGGAUGUUGGUGGCUUCUUCGGCAACCCCAGCAAGGAGCUUUUGACCCGGUGGUACCAGACCGGCAUUUGGUACCCCUUCUUCCGCGCUCACGCGCAUAUUGACACUCGCCGGCGAGAGCCUUACCUGAUCGCCGAGCCACACCGAUCCAUCAUCUCCCAGGCCAUCCGCUUGAGGUACCAGCUUCUCCCCGUCUGGUACACUGCCUUCCACGAGGCUUCCGUCAACGGAACGCCCAUUGUGCGGCCGCAGUACUAUGUUCACCCGGCCGAUGAGGCUGGCUUUGCCAUCGACGACCAGCUUUACCUUGGCUCGACGGGUCUUCUCGCUAAGCCCGUGGUCUCGGAGGAGGCCACCACGGUCGACAUCUACCUUGCCGACGACGAAAAGUACUAUGACUACUUCGACUACACCGUUUACCAGGGUGCUGGCCAGAAGCACACGGUGCCUGCUCCCAUGGAGAAGGUGCCUUUGCUGAUGCAGGGUGGUCACGUCAUCCCCCGCAAGGAUCGUCCCCGCCGCAGCAGCGGGCUGAUGAAGUGGGAUCCCUACACUCUGGUUGUGGUCCUGGAUAAGAACGGCCAGGCCGAUGGCUCGCUGUAUGUGGAUGACGGUGAAACCUUCGACUACGAGCGUGGAGCCUACAUCCACCGCCGGUUCACCUUCCAGGGCUCCACGCUGGUCUCGGAAGAUAUUGGUACCAAGGGUCCCAAGACGGCCGAGUACCUGAAGGCCAUGGCCGGUGUUCGUGUGGAGCGCGUGGUGGUGGUUGACCCUCCCAAGGAGUGGCAGGGCAAGACCAGCGUGACUGUGAUCGAGGACGGGGCUUCGGCUGCCAGCAAGGCCUCGAUGGAGUAUCACAGCCAGGCGGAUGGCAAGGCCCCGUACGCCGUGGUGAAGAACCCCAACGUUGGAAUUGGGAAGAAGUGGCUGAUUGAGUUCUAAGUUGGAGGUUGGGGGAAGUAUCAAGUAGACAUAUAUGGAUUGUGUUUAGAUACCGAAUGCAUGGUACU